AAUUUGGACAAUUUUAGCCCCUAUUGCUGGAGUGUUGUGCUUGCUCGGUCGUCCGGGAUGGUCAUUUUACGUUUAGAACAUAGUGGGCUACGUGGCGCUGAAGAGAAACCCUCAGGCUUUCUCAACUCUUCCUUCGCCGUUCUCUCUCCCUCUCUCACCACGACAGACAAACCCUCAUCUCUCCCUCUCCACUCAGGGCAGGCGACUCUUGAGCACCAGUGCAGUCCAAAUUUCCGGCAACCAACACAGCUAUCGCGACGAGUUUAUCACAGAGCUGAUUCCGUUCCCGAUCUACACUUUUCCGUCUACAUUUUUGUUUAUCGAGUGAUUUUGAAAGCUGAAGCUGAAGUGGAGCUCCGAAGUUUUUUGGAAGGAUUUUGGGUAUGUUUUCUGUUCACUUUUCCAGGUUUCGAAAGAAAAUUUAUUAAAUAUUAGCCAUGAUCUUUAUUAAGUGUUUUUUUGGAAUCCUGGUUAUUAUGAAUCACUAAGCAGAUUAAAAAGUUAUUAGCCCCAUUUGGACAUAAUCGCAUUUUGUUGGGUUACUUAGUAGGAAUAGUUGAUGGUGUUGAUUAUCCCUUAUUAGUUCAAUACAUUCUCGUCGGUAUCAUUCCUUUUGCAAGGCUGAUUAGGAACUCAUGGGUUGUCAUCAUGAGAUCCAUCCGUUGUUUGGUGUGACUGAUUGUAAGCAUGUAUUCCCUAAUUCCUUCUUAGAAUUUGGAGUAGGAGAUGCUUGCUUUUGACUGGUUGUACGAAAUUUUUACUUGGUGUAUGUGUUUUGGUUGAAUUUGAAUUCUUAUAAUGUGAUUGGUGACAGGGUUUUCCUUGCAAAGAUGGGGUUUUUGAAUUGCAUUGUCAAUUUCGGAAUGUAUCUCUGUUGAUGUACCAGUUUCUCAAGAAAGUAUGAAGCCAACAAUGGCUCAUUUUCUGGGGACACACAUUGAUAUAACUACUUCCAAUGGGUCUUUUUAAAAAAAGUUUUACUCAUUAGUUGGGUUAAUCUUUAUCAUGUCUAUUCUUUCUGUUUCUUUGAAAGAUAUGUUCAUUGUGCAGUGAUCAAUAGGAUUAAUGGGAAUAUUGAAUUGUGGAAUUGAAACUCCAUUCUAGAAUGAGAAGAUCUAUGCAUUUACGGAGAUUAUAGUGCUUGAAUAGACUGAAUGAAAACUAUUUCCCACCUUGCAGGUACCUAUAGUGUCGUCAACUGUACACAUGUGAUUGGCACUGUAAGUUCCAUUAAUUAACGAACUUAAAUUGCUUAUAGUAAUGAUCAGUUUUAUGGGGAAGAUUACUCAUAGUUUAUUAGUGAUGUUCUUCUAAAAAGAAGAAAAUUUUGUUGGACAAUGAUCUGUAAUUGUAUGGUUUUGCAAGGGUUAGAGUCUGAUGUAUCAUCAGUUUUGUAGAAACAUGGGUGUCUUAUCCUUUACCUUUAAACAUCAAUUCUCAUCUUGAUCCAUCAGACUCUAACCCUUCUACUAAUAUAUUUUAUAGAAAUGUAUCUAAUGCAUGUCUUGCUCAUUUAUUUCAUGAAUCUCUUCUUGCUAGCAACCUACUUUUGGAAAUCUGGAAACAUGUGUCUUUUAAAGAGACUAAUAUUUUGGAUUUGGAAUAUCCCAAAAUGGAAAAUGAGGCUAAUAAUAAGCGGAAGGUGUACAAGAAUGAUAUCAUAAUCCUCUUUGGCUUUUGAAGAUUGAAGUUAGUUGCAUUCUUCUAUAGUCAUCGAUAUUUUCAGUCAUUUUCAAUCUCGACUAGGUACUCAACAAUGCUAGCAGAAAACUUGGUGAACUCUCCAUUACUUGCAAGUUGAUAAAUUCAUGCAUAGCAGCUGCUCAGGAACAAUUGAGUACUCAGCAUGGAGAAGAUGAAAAUAGUACAUGUAUUUCUGUUGGGUUAGAAGUCGAUAAGCAUAAACUGCAGUUUCUUAACCCAAAAUAUUUUUUUCCUUUGACACGAAGAACUUGCAAUUCAAAGACUUUUUCUUUGUCUAACUUGCACAAACUCUACUUUGAUGCUAGCCCUUUUGCAUUUGUAUAGAUAAACCUCAGACUAGGACUGAUUGGUGUUAACUUGGAUCCCACGGGCCGGCUGGGCUUUAUUCCCACUGGCCCUGUGUGAGAAGUUGGUGUUCAUAUGCAUUAUUUGCUUAGUUUUUUUUUUUUUUUGCAAUAAAAAUUAAAUCUGUAGUUGAGCCUCAUAUACAAACUAGGGAUCAAUUUUUUUAGUUUCAUUUUCAUAUUUGGAUGUGAUUGAGAUGUGGCUGGAAUGUGCUCAUCUUUUCUACAGUUUGCAUUGUUUAACCUUAGGCAAUAUGUAGCGCUUCUGUUGGGGUUAGAUUACGCCAUAUUUGGAUGACUUCUAAAGAUUUGAGAUUUGAGCUUGCUAAUGUAGUUUGGAAUGGUCAAAGUUGCUAACUCUGCAUAUUGGUGAUGGUAUGUGGGCAAUAUAUUCCUGUGUUUAUUGGAAUCAAGUAAAGUAACAUGGGUGCAUCUAUAGUCUGGUUGCUCCAUGUUGGACACAUCCAUUAAUCUAGGUUAUUGACAAUCGUAAGCAAACAACAGCAAGUUCAAUAACAAGAUUAAAAGAUGUGGUUGUGGUGCUACCCUUUCAUGCCGAUCUUUGUUGUAUGAUUAUAACAACUAUUGAAUUUCUACAUUGUGCACCUGAAGGGGAGUAUGCUUUGUCCCUGUGUUGUACAUAUUUUUUCCCGGUUGUUAACUCAUGAUGUGGAGAUGUAAUGUUUUAGGAUUUCCAUUGAUGUUGGUUGUGUGUAUCUCUCUGGAGGUUAGUCAAGGGCUUUGUUAGGAGUGUACAUAGCAUUGUUGUAAGCUUAAUAUAGGCAAUUGUACUUUUAGUAAUCUAAGCCAGAUUGAUACUUAUGAACACUAUGUUUGGAGGAAAUAGACAGAAAGUUGUCUUGGUUUCUUCUUGAUUCUCUAUUUCUUGAUAUUUAUGCACCAUAGAUACAUUAUACAGGGGAUUAUUUCAGUUUUCCCAUUCCUUUUCUUGUAUUUGGAAUUUAGACUCAUGUUUGCAAUCCAAAGACUUAUGCUUUGUCUAACUUGCACAAACUCUACUUUGAUGCUAGCCAAAGUCGUGCAGUUAGUCAUAAAUCGUAGCUACUUACGUAGAACAAAACUAUUGCAAACAAUUAGUUAUGAUCAAACCCAUGAUCAAAUUUAUGCGUACAACUUUUGUCAUGCUCAUACACAUCUAAAAUUGCUAUACUCAUACACGUCUAAAAUUUUAGAAACAAUCAAAACCAAUCUUCACA